AUGGAUAUUGAUAUUGUUAAUGCUAUAUUACGAUUAUGUACUGAAAAACAAACAUGUCUAUUCGAAGUACCUUUUCUAUGUAAUUAUUGUCUUGAACAAAAUUUAUGUACGAAUCCUAAAUAUGUUCUUGCUAGUAUUAAAAAUUAUAUGGAAAUAUUUAAAAUUAGUCGAGAUAAAAAUCGUAUUGAAUUUAUUAUGCCUUUUGAAAUAUGCCGAAAUAAAUUUAUUGAUGGUAUUUGUCAAAAUAAUGAUAUAUUAUGUACAAAUCUUCAUCUAUGUUAUGAUUAUUUUUAUACAAAUUCAUGUCGUUAUUCAAUUAAUUGUCUAUAUCCACAUAUAUUAACAGAAAAAUAUCAUAAAACUAUACUUGGAUCAUUAAUUAAUCUUGAUUUAGAUCUAUUAACUAAAGCUUUUCGAGUUUAUUGUCAAUCUAAAAAACAUUUAGUAUAUCAUAAUUCAUCGAAAGUACAACAACAACAACAACCAAUUAUCCAUUCAUCUUUAAUUAAUAACCCAACACCAUCAUCAUCUAUGACAAAUAAUUGGCGAAUGAUACCAAAUUCACAAAUAAAUGGAAAUUCAUCGUGGAAAACAAAUAAUCGAUUACUUAUUACUUUAAGAACUCUUCCAAAACAACAAACAAUUUCUUCAAUUCCUGAAAAAGGUCUUCAAAUAUGUUGGAAACCACCAAAAAAUAUUCAAACUCAUUUUAUCGAAGUAAUUUUUAGUAAUCAAAUCAAGUCAGACGGAGGUCCAAUACAAACACAUAAAAUCUAUCAACAUUUAGGUGUUGCACAAGUAUUUUAUCAAAAUUUAGAUAUUGCUGAACGAGUUGCUCUUCAUGGAUCAAUAACAUUUCAAUCAUUUAGUUUUACAUCACGUCUUCUACAACGAAGAAUUGAUAAACGUCAUAUAUGUUUUUCAAAUAUACCUAUUGAAACAAAUCAUAUUAUAUCAUAUAUUGAUACUGUUUCAAUGCCUUAUAUGAAAAAUAAUAUUGAAUAUUAUCAAAAUGAUAAACAAAUAAUUAUUGUUGAAUAUAAUGAAGAUAUUGAUUUUUCAAAGAUUUCUUUAAAUGUUCGAAAUCAUCCAGAAUGUAAUGGAUUAAUAAUUAAUUGUAUUCAAUUAUAUUAUCCAGAAACAUUAUUAAUUGAAUAUGAUCAAGAAUAUUCUGAAGAUGAUAUUAUUAAAUUAUUUGAUAAGAAAAAAAUUUUUCAUAUAAAAAUUUAUUCUUAUUGUUCUUUUGUACAUUUCUAUUCUCAUGAUGAUCUUGCACAAUCAAUUAAUAGAACAUUUGAUAAUUUUAUACGAGUGAUACCAAUUUAUAUUGACAUAUAUUCAGAACAUCAUUUGAAUGAUUAUUUGCAACGACGACAAAUGGAACUUCAACAAAAACCAGCUGUCACACAGACUAUUUCUCCAUUAAAUGAGACUAUGAAAAAUGAAUCAGUAUCUCCUACAAAAAAUAUUAAUCUAUCUUCUAUACCUCAACCAUCAACACCUAUUUUACCACCUCCACCUAUUAAUCAACAAAUAGAAAUUCCUGUAGAACUAAAAUCAUCAAUUAAAGAAAAAAUUUGUUCUUCUUCUUCUCCUCCAAAACAAGAAACAAUAUUAUUAAAUUCUCAAGAACAAUUAAUUGUUGAAGAAAAAAAAAAUGAACAAGUUGUAAAUAGUGAUGAAGAUGAAACAACAGGAAGUGAAGAUGAUUUUCAUGAUUUACCAUCGGAUUUUGAUAAUGAUGAUUUAUUUCUUGAUGAAGCAAUUGAUGAUCAAGGUGAUAUGGAAUAUCUUCGUAGUGCAGCUAAAAAUUUAAUGUCAUCAUUAACUGAAAUGGAAGAAGCUAGUGCAAAUACAGAGACAGAUGAUACACCACAUUCAUUAUUAUAUGGUGAUGAUUAUAUAAUUACAAUAAAAAGUCGUCGUUUUGCAUUAGCUUUUCUUGAUUAUACACAAUUUCGUGUUGAAAAACAACGUAAUCCAGAUAAAUUUCGUUUACUUGCAUCACUUAAAAAAUUAUCAAAUAAUAAAAAACGAUCAGAUCAUAUACAACAACAACAACAUGAUCAAAUAUUAUCAUCAACACCAACAAUUGAAAUAAAAACAAAUAAGAAAAAACGAAAUAAACGUAAUAAAAAGAAAAAAAAUACGAAUAAUAAUGAUAAAGGUAUUCUAUCAUUUUAA